AAAGCAUUGGAGCAGAGCGACAAAAAGUGGGAUGAGGAGCGCUUGCCGAAGCUGCUGAAGGAGCAGGCCCAAAUGUUCACAAGCCAAAUCACGGAGAGCGAGAAGAGGACGGACGCCAAGAUCGAGACGCUGAAGAGGGAGGUCAUGACGGAGAUUGCGGCCAUCAAGCGCUCCGCUUCACCUUCCUCUACCUCAGGCUCGGCACCGGGGUCCAGCAGCACAAGUCGCUCCAAACAGAAUUUCGUUGCGAAGCACGUGGAAAUCAAGGGUUUCGCCGAGUUCUCCGAGGAUGGCGUGCCCAAUGACGAGACUUGCGCCACCGAGCAGGAGUGCCAGGACCUGCCGAACACCAUCGCCACACACCUGGAGUCCAACAUCACGGACACUAUCGACGUGAAGGCCAGCAACGAGAAGAACGCCAGGAACGAGCUGAACACGAAUAUCUAUAUCAUCCUGAAGACGCCCACUCUCGACCCGGAGGCGGCCUGGAACCUCCGCAAUGCGGUCACGAACGUCAUAUCGCAACACAGUCUGAAAGUCCGCGGCAGCACGCCCCAGGUGACCGUGGAGGCGGCUCCAGAUCGCAAGCCUUACCGGAGGGCCGGCGGCAGGUUCAUGGGCGUGAUGAAUUCGAACGGCAAGAGCACGGAUUCCUACAAGAUCGAGUGGCAGGGCGUCCCGCUUAAGGUCUACAUGAAGAACUUCCACGGUUCGCAUCGGUCUCGUCUGCUGGCCAGCUUUCGCGACGGAUCGGGUUGGACUAUCGUGCCGGAGGUGCUGUCGGAGUUCCCCCCAAAGAUGUCUAAGGACGACCUCUCCGCGAAGCAGCUGGUCAAAGGGAUCUCCACAAUACCGGUGGUGUCGUGGAACGUUGGCAAGAUGGCAGCCGGCAAAGUCGAAGACGUUUUGGAAGAGGCACCGUACAAAGUGUCUGUGCUCUUGUUCCAAGAG